UCCGGGCGCACAGUCCGCUUCAGAGCGACGGGGAGAAACGAGAGCACAAUAGAAUAGUUUGCCUUUACAUGAAGCUAUUUUGCUGCUGUUCGCUGUCUGGAGUUUGAAAUAGGACUAUACGACGCGUGCACGUCCACGGACCGACUAGUCUUAUGUUAUUUUAAUGCUACCGAUAGAGGUUUCGGAAGGAGUGUGUUUCACCUCAAGCGAACACGACGAAGGAAGGAGGGCCGGGAUGAAAACAGAGGAGACCCAAUCAUGUCUUCAGCAGCCUCCAGCCUCCACGCCAUUCGGUUCAGAACACAGGGGCGGAGGGGGCGAGGUGUGUGCGGGGUGUGAGUCGCCCAUUGCCGACCGCUUCCUGCUGCGUGUCAACGAGCGCUCGUGGCACGAGACCUGCGUCAAGUGUGCGGUGUGUCUGAGCGCACUCAGUGGGACGUGCUACUGCAGAGACCGUCUGCUCUAUUGCAAGCAUGACUACGAAAAGCUGUUUGUCAGGAAGUGCAGUGCGUGCCUGCAGGUGAUUGGCCGCUCAGAGCUGAUCAUGCGUGUGCUGGGGCAGGUGUACCACCUGGGCUGUUUCAGCUGCUGUGAGUGUGAGCGCCGGCUGCAGCGCGGAGACGAGUUUGUCCUGAAGGAGGGCCAGUUGCUCUGCAGAGGUGACUACGAGAAGGAGAGAGAGAUGCUGGCUGCCAUCAGCCCCACACCCACUGAGUCAGUGAAGAGUGAGGAUGAGGAUGGUGGGGGCGGUUCUGUAGGGGGGAAGGGCGGCGAAGGGAAGGACCACAAACGGUCAAAGCGACCACGCACCAUCUUGACCACACAGCAGCGCAGAGCUUUCAAGGCCUCCUUCGAGGUGUCCUCCAAACCUUGCAGAAAGGUGAGAGAGACACUGGCAGCUGAGACCGGGUUGACGGUUCGAGUCGUGCAGGUGUGGUUCCAAAACCAGAGAGCAAAGAUGAAGAAGAUAGCUCGCAGGCAGCAGCAACAGCAGCAGCAGCAGGAGCAGGAGCAGCUGGGAGGGUCCAGGAGAGGGCCGAGCAGGGGGAGCCGACAGAGCAACGAUGACAGUGAGGACGGUUCUAGUGGUCAUGGAUUGGACGGUCUGUUGGCGUACCCUUCGUUGCCACGACAGCAGCUACUGGCUCUGGACCCCAACAUCUACGGAGGAGAGCCGUUCCGCCAUGGCCUCACACCUCCUCAGCUGGGCUCUGAACAUCUUCACUCCUACGAUUCAGAGACUGUGUUCCACGAUCUGGACAGCGACGGGAGCCUCAGUCACCUCGGCGACUGUCUUCUGGCAGCGGCGGACGGUGGGCUCCUGGCGGGGCGGGUGGGAAACCCCAUCGACCGCCUCUACUCCAUGCAGAACUCCUACUUCACAUCCUGACCCCUGACUCACUCCACCAAUCACCACUCAGAGAAGCAGCUAAUGGCCGGUUAUCCUACUAGGCCCACAAGGUCAUCACACCAACCAUGCUUGAGCUGGGUCCAUAUCCAUAUCUGACCAGGCUUAUUGUACAUUACCAAGUAAAAGCAUAAUAGGAAACACCUGGGUCAUGUUCAGUAGGGCGGAAACGUUAGGAGUGAAACGGGGAGUACUACCUUAACUUGUCCACUAAGAACACGUUUUUCCAUACCAAACACGACCCAGGUAGCCAUUUAAGAUCUUAAUUAUGACUUAGGCCGUGUCCGAAAUCUGGCUUGCCCAUUACUUACUUAAACUGCAUACUGUGUACUAAUCGUAUUACAUACUAUUUAGAACGUUCGGUUUAGUGCAAACGUAUGCAGUAAGCAACAAACAUCAAAAUACUACUCAUCCAUACUGAGAAGGCGUCAUCGAAUGCGCCGUUCGCUCUUGUUCCCCGCCAUUCUUACAUUUUUGCAGAGAGCAUUGGUCCGUUGCUCCAGGCAAGCUUAAAUCAAGGGCAGCUAAAGUAUUUCAAAGAAAAGAAAUACUAUUUGAACCCAGGUCUGUCAGGUCUGUGUGUUUGUGAGUCAGAAACCUAUGUUACUUAUUAGGUUGCUAAUGAAUGGGGAGUGUUUCAUUCAUUAGCUCAGGAUCUGACCUGCUUGUUGUGCCCACGUGGUUAGGGAGUCUUCUUGGCAGCAGGGUUAAGGAGUUAAGGAGUGGGUUAAGGAGUGAAGACGCAUACCAGAGAGGUUACAGCAGGCUAAGGGCAGAGCUGCCUCCAGAACACGAUUCAACCCAAAAAGCGUUGUAAUGGAGAUGGGCACUGGUUCAUAGCGUGGAUGGGGUCAAUUCAGUCAAAUCAAAAAGUGAAUGGGAGUUCAGCCUAAAUUAAUGACUGGAACAAAGGUACUGGGUGGAUUUGGAGGAACAUUGGAGAGAUAGAUUUCAUAAGAGGUUGAGAUGAGUUGAAGAGUACAGAGUGGCACGCUCGAUUUGUAUGGGAAUGAGUGAAAUAUGUGGGUUAGGUAACUUAGGUCCAGAGUUUGCUCUCAGGUUAGUGUGUCGGUUAGGAUUUUUAGCAAUGUUGUACGAGAAAUGAUUUACAAAUCACUGUAACCCGAUUAGUUCACAUUAGUCAACGUAGUGAAAGGAGAUGUGUAGACCGUAGAUAACAUCAGGGUCCUAUAGAAUAGUGUUUCUCAACCUUGGUCCUGGGGACCCAAAGGGGUGCACAUUGAAAAGAGAGCGAAAGAAGAAAGAAACAAUGUUAUGCCUGGUCUGCUUACCUUUCUGCAAGGUUUGGAGGACACCUCGAAGGAGGCCUUGAAAGCUCUGCGCUGCUGUGUGGUCAAGAUGGUGCGUUGUCAGGUGCGAAAGGCCAAAACUAAAAAUGUACACCCCCUUUGGGUCCCAAGGACCAGGAUUGAGAAACACCACUAUAGAGUAGACUAACAGGGUCAUUCAGAUAACCUUAUAAAGGAAACAGGGUUGUGUAAAGUGUAACGCUUUCAUGUAGCUCUGGUUCAGGGUUUUAUGUGGGGUUUGCGUAGGAAUGCUCAGCAUCAGCAAGCCGUUCGUAACACCCUGGACCAGAGCUAGCGUCCGUGUAAUUAUUUCUUUGAUACUGUGAAGUAGUCACUAAAAGGUGCAGGAGUUGUCCUGGGCUGGAAAAACACUAAGCCCUAAGGAAAAUGUAGAAGUUGAAUACUAAUUGGUGUGUAAAAUAUAAGUAAAAAGUAUGAUUAGGCCCUGGAGUUUUUCCAGUUCAGGUCACAGGGUCAGGAAAACUACUGGCCCUAGCUACGAUAAACAAGUAUGUGUUCCAAUGUAAAAUAAUUGUGUUAAUAUUAUUGUUGUUACAAUGAAUACUACAGUACUACUAUAGGUAUAAUCACUGUAAUUUAUCUUUGAUCGAAAACACCUUACAAUAGACGUUGUUCAAUAUUUUGUACUCUUAUGGUUAAGUAUUUAUGUUGUAGCAUGAGCUGUGUGUGCCACACUUUCAAAAUGUAAAUAAUUACUACUAUGAACAUAGCACUGAUGACAGUAUUUUCCUAUAGCUUAUACCCACACUGGGACCAUUUUGUGGAGUCCACUUCCUAUAUGAUUUCUCAUAAUUGACUGAUGAUAUAUAUUUUUUACAGUAUAGUAUUUACGUGGAUAUAAUUUAUUGUGUGAUACAUUUCUCUGGAAGGUAUGAGAAAUUCCUUAAUCUUAGAUUUUGUCUGAAAGAUAUUGUUCAAGUUUUUGUUCUGUGACCUCUUCCAGUGUGUGCUUUUUUGAGUGUAAUGUCGCAUUUCUUCAAUAUAACCUGUCAAUUCAGA